AUGAAACUGGUUCACGUAGCCCUCCUCUAUCUCGGGUCCGUGACCUUCCUUGGGGUGCAUGCUGCACGGCUAGACGUCGCUUCAGACUUCAAAAGAAAAUGGACCAAAUGGGCACUGAGCCGCGCCAAGCGCGACGCGAUACCUCCCGGCACGUUCAGCGGGCAAGUGGCAGCUGCGGACGUGCAGCCUCUCAUACGGUCACAGGACGUGAAGGAGGAUCCCCGAGUCUCGCAUCCCAGCAGCCCGGAGGAUGCCCGCAUCCGCGUGAAGCGCUACCGCCAGAGCAUGAACGGCUUCCCGCACUUCCAGGCCAUGCGGCUGGGCUGCAGGUUCGGGACCUGCACGAUCCAGCAGCUGGCCCACCAGAUCUAUCAGCUGACGGACAAGGACAAGGACGGCGCUGCCCCCGUGAGCAAGAUCAGCCCCCUGGGAUACGGCCGCAGGCGGCGCUCGGUGCCAGCCCCUAGCCGGACGCAGUCUCCGUGGCUCACCCUGCUCUCCAGCCGCCGGGACAGCACGAGCGCCGCAGCCCCAGGCCAGCCCGGCCGGCUGCAGGCGCAGCUCCGCGCCCCCUCUCUCUGGACUUAA